AUGCUACCACUGAGCUGCUCAUACAAAAGCUGGCUUUCUAGCGGCUCAUCAGGGAGAUCACCCAGGACUUCAAGACCCUUCCGGAGCUCCACUAUCAGAGUUCUGCAGGAGGCCUCAGAGGCUUAUCUGGUUGGGCUGUUUAAGGACACUAACCUCUGCACCAUACAUGCCAAGAAGGUCAUUAUGCCCAAAGGCAUACAGGUUGUAAGCGGGACCAGCUGUUUGCUACCCAAAAUUGAGUAA